AUGGAGCGUAUCGGAAAGAACCAGCUGCGAGUCCGCAAAUGGUUUGGAGUACGCAAGGAGCUCGCAGCAAUCCGAACUGUUUGCUCCCACAUACAAAACAUGAUUAAAGGAGUCACAAAGGGCUAUCGCUACAAGAUGCGAUCUGUAUACGCUCAUUUCCCCAUUAACGUAACUCUUCAAGAUGCAGGAAGAACUGUUGAGAUUCGUAAUUUCCUUGGUGAGAAGAUCGUUCGUCGUGUCCCACUUCCAGACGGAGUCACCGCUGCUCUCUCAACUGCCCAAAAGGAUGAACUUAUCAUUGAAGGGAACGACAUUCAGCUCGUGUCGCAAGCAGCUGCUCGCAUCCAGCAGUCCACCACUGUCAAGGAGAAAGAUAUCCGCAAAUUCCUCGACGGUAUCUACGUGUCUGAAAAGACUACUGUUGUUCAGGAGUAA